AGGGAGGAAGAGGGACGGCUGGACUCCAUUAAGCCGCAGCCUGCAGGAAAACUGUUUGGGAUACUUCACUUCUCCUGCGACUUCUCCGGCGGAUUUCUCCCCGUUUCUACCGCCUCGAACACACUUUCUACAUGAUUUAAAGAAGGGGGAGCUGCUCUGUACCGUGUAGUCGACCGUUUUAGUGGGUUUUUCUCUCCUCUCUGGUCUUUGUGAAGGAUGGCACUGGACGGGAUCCGGAUGCCCGAUGGCUGCUAUGCUGAUGGGACAUGGGAGCUGAAGAUGCAUGUCACCGACCUCCACAGGGACGUGUCGCUGAGGGUCACUGGGGAAAUCCACAUCGGUGGAGUCAUGCUUAAACUCGUGGAGAAACUCGAUGUGAAGAAGGACUGGUCAGACCAUGCUCUGUGGUGGGAGAAGAAGAAGACAUGGCUGCUGAAAACCCACUGGACGUUGGACAAGUAUGGCAUCCAAGCUGACGCCAGGCUGCUCUUCACCCCACAACACAAGCUGCUUCGCCUCCAGCUGCCCAACAUGAAGCACAUGAAGGUCAAGGUCAACUUCUCGGACCGGGUCUUCAAGGCCGUGUCGGACAUCUGCAAAACUUUCAAUAUCCGCCACCCAGAAGAGCUGUCUCUACUUCGCAAACCCCGUGACCCCAAAAAGAAAAAGAAAAAGUUGGAGGAAGCAGAGGAGGAUGAUCUGGAGCUGGAGGGUCCACUGUUAACCCCUGGAUCAGCCUCUGAGAUAAUAUACAUCGGACCUGUCAAAGGGAGCAUCUACUCUAGUCCAGGCUUAUACAGUAAGACUAUGACCCCCACCUACGACUCCAGGGACGGCAGCCCUCUGUCGCCCACCUCCGCCUGGUUUGGAGACAGCCCCCUGUCCGAGGGCAAUCCCAGCAUCCUUGCUGUCAGCCAGCCAAUCUCCUCACCAGACAUCCUGGUCAAACUCUACAAGCCCCAGUCCCUGCUGGACAAAGCCAAAAUCAAUCAGGGGUGGUUGGACUCCUCCAGAUCUCUCAUGGAGCAGGAUGUAAAGGAGAACGAGGUGCUGCUGCUGAGGUUUAAAUACCACAGUUUCUUUGACCUCAACCCGAAGUACGAUGCCAUCCGAGUGAACCAGCUCUACGAGCAGUCCAAGUGGGCCAUCCUGCUGGAGGAAAUUGAGUGCACGGAGGAGGAAAUGAUGAUGUUUGCUGCCCUGCAGUACCACAUCAACAAGUUGUCGAUCAUGUCUUCAGACAACCACAUGAACAACAGUGAGAAGGAGGUGGAUGAGGUAGAUGCCGCCCUGUCAGACCUGGAGAUCACUUUGGAGGGUGGGAAGACAUCCAACACACUGGGUGACAUCACAUCUAUUCCUGAACUCGCAGACUAUGUCAAAGUCUUCAAACCCAAGAAACUGACGCUGAAGGGUUAUAAGCAAUACUGGUGCACAUUCAAGGACAUCACAAUUUCCUGUUACAAGAGCAAAGAGGAGGCACAUGGGACACCUGCUCACCAAAUGAAUCUAAGAGGUUGUGAGGUAACGCCAGAUGUUAACAUCUCGGGUCAGAAAUUCAACAUCAAGUUGCUAAUCCCUGUGGCCGAUGGCAUGAACGAGAUCUGGCUUCGGUGUGACACGGAGAAACAGUAUGCCCACUGGAUGGCUGCAUGCCGCUUGGCCUCCAAAGGGAAAACCAUGGCCGACAGCUCGUACAACCUGGAGGUCCAGAAUAUUCUGUCCUUCCUCAAGAUGCAGCACAUGAACCCUGACCCACAAUUCAUUGAACCAAUCACCACCGACAUCAACCCAGAGUGCUUGGUGUCUCCUCGCUACCUGAAGAAGUACAAGAACAAGCAGCCAGGCUAUAUCAGGGACUUGAUUUCAGCUCGGAUUCUUGAAGCCCACCAGAACGUGGCCCAGAUGAGUCUCAUCGAGGCCAAGAUGCGCUUCAUUCAGGCAUGGCAGUCCCUGCCCGAGUUUGGAAUCACUCAUUUCCUUGCAAAGUUCCAGGGAGGAAAGCGGGAGGAGCUGAUUGGUAUCACUUACAAUCGUUUGAUCCGGAUGGAUGCCAGCACUGGCGAUGCUAUCAAAACCUGGCGCUUCAGCAACAUGAAACAGUGGAACGUCAACUGGGAGAUCAAGAUGGUGACUGUGGAGUUCGCCGAUGAGCCCAGUCUGUCUUUCAUCUGUGCCGAGGUGGACUGUAAGGUCGUCCACGAGUUCAUCGGCGGCUACAUCUUCCUGUCCACGCGUGCCAAGGACCAGAACGAGUCUCUAGAUGAGGAAAUGUUCUAUAAGCUGACCAGCGGCUGGGUCUGAGCUGACCCGGGUUCAGUGAUUGUAGGUCAGGGGCCAGGAGGGGAGCGGCUGGGGGGGAGGGGGGGUUGGAACUACAUUGUAUGGGUUUAUUUUAUUCUACUAUUUCUCAGUCUUUUUAAUUGUUUGGGGCUGCGCUGAAGAAUCCAGAGCAGCACGACUAUUGCCAUGGCUGACAACAUUUUUUUAUUGUUAUUAUGGUGUUUUUUUGCAUUAAUGCUGGCAAGGUCAUUUGUUACUACACUAAUAUUGUGGUGGAUGCAGUCCAGAUGAACUCCUGUGGCUGAGCAGAAGCCUGACAUGAAGUUCGUCUGUUGUCCUACGACCACCUGCCUCCUCUCCUCCUGGACUGAUGGCCACCAACGUACGUCCAUGACAACCCUUUAAAACCAAUCAAACAUCAGAUUUAAUCCCAAAGAAUCUUGUUCUUUUCUCUUUUCUUUCUUCCUUUCUCUCGUCUUCACUGUCCUUCUUCUCUCUGUCUUCUAGAACUGGACUAAAAGAGCUGACAUCAAACUAUCAUUAGAACACGUUAAAGUGCCACAGAUACCUACUGUUACAUGUAAUUAUUUAUCCAGAAAGACGGACUUCAUCAAAGAGUCCAAUCAAAAGGGUGUCUGUAACAGCAGUGGCCAUUCAUCGCAGCUCUCUGCGUCCAUCCUGUCCACUCUAUGAAAGGUUUAAUCUCUUUGAAGUCACAUGUAAGCACUUCUGCAUUAUACAGUCCUCUUUAUGAAUAAGCUGUUGUUACAUUUCCUUUUUUUUUGCUUCUGAUGUCUGCCUUUGUUUCACAACUUGUGUCCUCUUUGUGGAGUCUCCCCAUUAAAUCAGCUGACAGGUGUGACAUUGUGAGACUUGCUUUGUAUUUAACAGACAGCCGACAGUGAGCACGUCUGAAAACACACUACAGCUCAGUGGGAUGAGUGUCCCGUUGGUUCGAAAAUCUGGUUUCCAACUGAUGUAAAUGUUCUUUCUGCAGAAAUCUUCAAAAGUCAUUGAGUCUGUUGUUCCUUUAAAGCAACACUUUGCCACUUGGGAUGUUAAAGUAGAUGAACAUGUCUCAUCCCAUUGGCAGCUGUUACACUUGUUUUCAACGGUAUCAUUGAGUCUUAAAAGAUAUAAGAUGACUUUUGAAGAUGACAUUUCCACACGUUUUUAAAAACUCACCCUCUGACGUGGAAGUGCACAAACGAUGCAUCAAAGAGCAUUUAUUCAUAUUUGACCAAACAUGUCUGCGUACGGCUGCUUUUCUCACCACAGCUUUAAGUUGCCCGAUAGCAGCAGCAUGUUUUCAGAAGCAUCCAGAGAUUCCAAACCAGGAACAUGUCAUUGCGUGGUGCACGUACACUACACAACAGGAGAGACACUAACACAGUUCCCUUGUACCACCUUCUACAUGAACGCUAUUCUGUUCCUCACACCGUAUAGUAUUAUUAGUAUCAUUGUUAUCAAUAUACACCAGCAAAAGGUCACAGAGUUUUAAGAAUGAAUAUGCAAACUUUUCUUUGUUUUGUUCUGUCCUCAGUAUGAAGGAUCAGUAAAUGAAGUAUUAUUUUUUGUAACUAAUGUAAAAACACAAACGUUUUAUAGAAUUGUACAGUUUUUUUUUCUGCUUUUUUUUGGUGGGGGGGGUUCGGAGGUUGUUUUGUUUUUUUCUUUUAGAAAAAAGGGGGUAAGCCAUCUGUCAACAUGUGUAGUAUUCAGAAUUGUGCCUGCUUAUGUUGUGGUCUUACUGAGUUUUCAGAUGAAGAUAUAUAUGAAUAUAUAUGAAGAUAACACUAGUCUCAAACUCCAGGUUUGGUUUAAAUGUUUGUCGAGUACAUAUUUUUUUCUAAAAUACAGAUAUAUAUGCCUUUUCAAUGUGCCCUGUUCUUCUUGCAUUUGUGCUUGGUUUCAUUAAUGUUCUGCUUCAUCCUCUAGCACGUGCUAAUUAUGUCCAUCUGCAGCCCUGAGUUGCAUUUUUAGCUCGUUUUUAAACUGACAGUAAUAUUUCAUGUGCAUUUUUACUGCAAAUUUGACUCGCUCAGCGCCUUUUUCAAAAUACUCCACUUAACGUUUUUUUUUUUUUUGUCACAACUGAAGCGUGCCAUUUUUAAAUGUCCAUAUGAAGGAGACCCUGGAGUUUGAGACAAAUCAGCAAAAAACUGAACAGAGAUAAGAGAAAACCAAGCCAAGUCUGUGUCUUUUUCUUUAUUUUUCUCUGUGGUUUUUUGUUUGCCUCCAGUGUCGGGAGCAGCGGUGCAUGUCCUGCUGUUCUGUUUUCUGACUGUAAAAAUGCAUUUAUUUUAAAAAAGUAAUAAAGUAAUUUUUAUUUAAACUGA